UCCGCUUAACAACAAAUUAUUGCAUUGAUUCUCCCAAUUAGCAACAUUGUUACACAGUACAUUGUUAACAGAUAGCUGACUAUAUUCGCAAGAUUCCAAAAAUUGCAAUUUUUGACCAUAAUGCCAGUCAGAGAAAGUAAUUCAAGUCCUCCUACGAGUUCGUACCAAGAUGGUAUAAUUAAAACAAAACUGUACAAUGGGUCUAUGUUUCAAGGUUUUCAAAAGUCUCAGGGAACCUCUUAUGAUGUUGAAGUUAUUUUACAGAAUGUUGACGUAAACAAUAGUUUUUUAUGUGGAUAUCUUAAAAUUAAUGGACUAACUUUCGAGUUUCCAACACUGACAACAUUUUUUGAUGGCGAAAUUAUUUCGAAUAAACAUCCCUUUUUAACAAGGAAAUGGGAAGCUGACGAAGACGUUGAUAAAGGACAUUGGGGAAAAUUCUAUGCUUUUGCCGAUUACCAGGAAACGUUUAACUCCGACGAUUUUGAUUAUGGUGCAUUAGAUAAUAGCGACUAUGUGUUUAUGCGCUGGAAAGAACAUUUCUUAGUACCGGAUCAUACAAUAAAAGAUAUAAAUGGAGCUUCUUUUGCUGGUUUCUACUACAUAUGUUUUACAAAAUCGACUGGAAAGAUGCAGGGCUAUUAUUAUCAUAGAUCAUCAGAAUUGUAUCAGUCUAUUGAAUUAAAUCAUGUUGCAAAAAAAUGUACUGAAAUAUUCGAAUUUAGGUGAUUAACAUAAUAUUAAGUACUUCAAAUUUUGUAUGUAUUUAAAGAUAUUAACAAAGGCAUAAUUACAUAAAAAUAUUUA